CAACAUACUCCACAGAUUCACCACAUCACUAGAUUCUAUCAGAGCUGCAUCAUGGUUUCCUUCUGGAAGAACUUUCAUACGUCGCGCGAGCAGGUCCUCGCCGAUAUAGAGAGCGUCCUGGAAGCUAUUCUUAAAGUCUGUACCGCCAAUUUGGACUCACUAACCCAGGAGGAGCGAUCAUCUUUCAUGGAUGAAUACUCGAGUCUUGCAGAUGCUCGUGUUCAAUUGAAUAAGGGCACAUCUAAUAGCAAAUUGACCGGGGCACUCAACGAGUGCGAGAAGUUGAAGUUGAAUAUAGAGAGAGCGUGCAGGAAACACGAACAAGACAAAAUAAGAAGAGGGCUGGAAUCUCCUGCCGCCAUAGCUACCCCUGAAUCUCGUCAAUCAUCUAUUGCACUGGUUGAUCCCGACCCAUCUUAUAGGACCCCACCGUCCGAAAGUUCCACUCCAGUUCAGUCCAAUCUCGCCCUGACAAGCGGAAACAGCUCGUACCCGAGCCCUUCCAAUCCUUCAACAGGAACAAGCAGUUCUGCUGUUUCUUCCGGUACUCCUGUAGCCCACGAAGCAACCUCGAGCACUUCCGCAGUACCCACGGAUGGAAGUCUACAUGCACCGCCCACCGACACAGAGUGCAUGAUGUUCGGCCCAGACUCGUCUGUUGGGUCACCCACAUUCAACAUUGACUCCGAGGAGGCAACUGGAGCAACUCAUACGUCCCCUGGCAACAGUCCAUCUCUCGGGCUUUCAGCACAGAGACCGCCCACGGGUGCUCACCAGCCGCAGACAGCUCACACCGUGAGGCGUGAGCGUGUCAUGCUUUUCACCUCUGGCACAGUAGCUAGCCCGACCUUCAACAUCCGGUCUCCGCGCGCUUCUGGCACUAUCGAACAAAUCGUUUCUCAACGCUCAGAAACGGUGACCGAAUCAUUCCGUUGAACACGUUGUUUAUGAUACUCACAAGCCUGGCACUUGGGAAUGUGAGCAUGGAGAAUAUUAUACAAACAUAUAGUGUUGUCCAUGUGUUAGCGACCCGUGUUGUACAUAUAGAUUACUUAGUCUGUAGUCUCAUAAUAGAAUGAAGAGUAGCCGUUCCUUGUAGAUCUAUAUAUGAGAUAUCGAAAUUUUAGGAGUACAGCGUACAGCUACAUACAUAGCCAAAAAAAGCCAUAUGAAUGUGUAUGUCUAAAGUUAAGUAGUGGGUGGAGGCAUAGCAGGGAGAUGUCUCGAUAAAAAUCGGAGACAGCGAAGCCAAUGAAAGGCAUCAUAAAAGGGCCGCCUAACAAUCCAUUCCUCCUCCAUAACUGCCCUGGAGCGUAACGCUCGAUGCUUGGUAUAGUAUUACGCAUGAUCAUUCUGCAACAUAUCCGAAAUCAGAGGUUCC